ACGCGCGGCUCCAAGUUCGAAAAGUUCCAGGAGGUCAAGAUCCAGGAGGAGCCCGACCAGGUGCCGCAGGGCCACGUGCCGCGCGCGAUGACGGUCCACCUGUACGGGGACAUGACGCGCCAGUGCGCGGCGGGGGACACGCUCACCAUCUCGGGCGUCUUCCUCCCCGCGGGCCUCAUCACCAACACCUUCCUCGAGGCCAUGAGCGUCGAGAAGCACAAGAAGUCCUCCGUCGACUUCACGCCGACCGCGGAGAUGCAGGCGCGCGCGGCUCCGCGCAAUCUGCGACGCUCGUCGACAUACUGCGACGUCUACUCCAUUCUCCUCAAGAACAUCCUCCUCUCGAUCGCGCCCGAGAUCUUCGGCCACGACGACGUCAAGAAGGCGCUCCUGCUCCUCAUGGUCGGCGGCGCGACGCGGAAGAUGUCGGACGGCAUGCGGAUCCGCGGCGACGUCAACAUCUGCCUGAUGGGCGACCCUGGCGUCGCAAAGUCGCAGCUGCUCAAGUACAUCGCGAACACGGCGCCGCGCGCCGUCUACACGACGGGCAAGGGCUCCUCCGGCGUCGGCCUCACCGCCGCCGUCGUGCGCGACACUGUGACGGGCGAUCUGGUCCUCGAGGGCGGCGCGCUCGUGCUGGCCGAUAUGGGCAUCUGCUGCAUCGACGAGUUUGACAAGAUGGAGGAGGGCGACCGGACAGCCAUCCAUGAGGUGAUGGAGCAGCAGACUGUCUCGAUCGCAAAGGCGGGCAUCACCACCACCCUCAACGCGCGCACCUCCGUCCUCGCCGCCGCCAACCCGGCCUUUUCGCGCUACAACACCAACCGCUCCGUCGAGGAGAACAUCAACCUGCCCGCCGCGCUCCUCUCGCGCUUCGACCUGCUCUGGCUGAUCCUCGACCGGCCGUCGCACGCCAACGACAAGCGGCUCGCCGAGCACGUCACCUACGUCCACCGCUUCUCCACCCACCCCGCCCUCGAGUUCGACCCCGUCUCGCCGCAGCUGAUGCGCGCAUACAUCGCAGACAUUACAAAGAUCGAGCCCUCCGUGCCGCCGGAGCUGGCCGCCUACGUGGUGGACGAGUACGUCGCGAUGAGGCAGGACGCCGCUGAGAACGUCGAGAACGGCUACGGCUUCACCUCGGCGCGCACGCUGCUCGCGAUCCUGCGCCUCUCGCAAGCGCUCGCGCGGCUGCGGCGAAGCGGGACCGUCAGCCGCGACGACGUGGUGGAGGCGCGGCGCCUCAUGUCGCUCUCCAAGUCGUCGGUGCUGCAGGUGGGCGACGACGACCGCGACAAGGCCAAGCAGCGCGGCGAUGCCGUCUCACAGGUCUACCGCAUCAUCCGCGAGCACUGCGACAAGUCCAAGGCGCCCGCCGUUGCGAUCGCCGAGAUCCUGCCGAAGGUGCUCUCGCGCGGCCUCACGCAGGAGGCACUCGACGAGUGCCUCAGGGAGUACGCGGAGCUCGACGUGUGGCAGCUCGCCGGCAACGGCACGAUCAUCCGCUUUGUCGAUGCCGGCGACGACGACGACGCGUAG